AGAAAAACAUAUUGGAAUUGGGGGGCCCAGCCAACGUGCCAGCCUCUCCCAGACCUUGAACCAACCCUUCCACGGCCCUCUCGGAACUCUCAGCCGAGGUUUAUCACGUCGAUGCUCUGGAUAUUGAUAUAGCCAUGAUAAUUACGUUCCAUUUGUGGUUAAGCUUAACCAUCGGCUAAGACGCGGGUCCAGUCGAACUUCCUCCAUUUCUUCUUGAAACCCUCGACUCUCCGGUCACCCUUGUUCCACCGUCCCUGUUUCUUGAUCACGUCCGGGCCGACGUCUAGGAUGCCCCCGAUUAUCUCCCUUGCAAAAAGGUCUCCUCUCGGCCACCGGUCAGAGUUCUCGACGAUGUGCCCGAGGCCGCCGUCGAGCGUGAACCACGCGUGGAAGUAGGGCAUCUCCUUUGCGAUGCUCCUCCGGAACGCCGUCCUGCCCAUGCCAUCUCUUGCCUUGGCGGCCGUGUCAAUUAUCUUCCGGUGCUGCGACCACUCAUCUUCCGUGGUGAGGAAGGCCUCUUUAAAGUAGGCCGGAGCCGUCGCGCCCUCUUCGUACGGGAUCGGCACAGCCAUCAUGGCCGCAUGGAGAUGCCUCUGCGGCGUGGCUGCAUUCUCGUAGAAAAUGACUUCUUGGCCCUUUUCGUGGUACAUUCUCGUCAGAGACUUCAUAAAGUUUCGAAUUUCUUCCCAUUCGUCGUCGUCACACUCCAGCAGGUUCUUGCGGUGCGCCAUGGGCGUAAUGACAGCGCCGCCUUCGCUGACCUCAGGUUCCGUGGGCAGUGUCAGGAACACGCGCGUCGCAAGAGAGAUGACGGGUGCCAGAGGGGGCUGUCCUUUGUCCUCGUGAUGGCACAACGGACAAUUGUCCAAUAUCCGUGACACCUUUUGAUAUUCGUUGACAGCCACGUUCUUGAGGUUAACCUCGGACUUGUGAACUCGCUUGGCAAGCUUGUCCGCAUUCUCGUCCAUGUAAUCGAGGUCGUCGUCAAAUUUACCGUCCUUGGCAAUGCGCUCAGCGAGCCGCAUACCUUCGCCGCCUGCUUGACCGCGCGUCCUGCGCUCCUCGCGAACCAUGUCUUCGAUUGACAUGUCCUCGUUGGCUUCAACGUUCCCGCGCUCUCGCCCACGCUUGUUUUCGAUGGCCUUGACCUCACCACGAGUCCCUGCCAGCAUUCGGUUAUCCAUGACACCGAGAACAACAGACUGCGGCCCGUUCGUGGCAAAAUUCGCUGCGGCUUGAUUGUACUCGGCUUCCAACUUGGCAGCAUCUGGUGCUCUGCGAAGCUUCGCCUUCAUCAUCUGAGCUCGCAUUCUGUUCAACGCGGUCUGGUCCAUGGGCGUAUGCUGCAUGGCAUUGUCGGGGAUGAUGACGCCUUGUUCCACAUCGUGGAUAUCGUCUCGCGCGGCGGGUGUCUCUUCUUGUCGGCGUUUCUCCAUGCGCUCGCGAUAAAGGUCUCCCGUAGGCUUCUCCUUGCCCACAUAGCCACUUCCAUACACCUUGCGCCUGUCCAUCUCGAUCUUUUCCUCUCUCGCGUCGUCGAAUUCUUGCAAAUCACCAAAUCUCUCAAGGGCAACAUCUUCAACCGACCGGCCAGACUCCUCAGCCAUGGAGUAGACACCCUUGAGUUUCGUCAGGCGCCACUGGGAGCCAUUGUCUCCGAAUGUGUAAUUGACUGUCCGCUCUGCUGUCGCAGCCUUCUCAUCCGAUGUCGGGAUAUUAUCCACUUCAGCGAAGUCUCUGUUGAUUUCUCUUUCGUGAAUGACUCUCGGAGCCUCUUCCUUUGGUGGUGGCGGCUUAACCUCCUUCUGUUUCCGCUGAACGUAGUCGAUGUCGAGAGCCGACGGCGCAGUCAUCCAAGAAUCGCGCAUCAGUGGUGCUUCUGUGUCCUUGGAGUUCUGGGGUGUUUCUUCAUCCGGAAUAGGCAAGUCCUCUUUCGGGUCUGACGUCUUUUCGUGUGUGUCCGUCCGCCGCUCGUCGUCUCUUUCUCUGUGCCUAUGCCUCGAUCGCCGCUCCUCGUCGUCCCUUUCAUGACGAGAACGCUUGUGUCUGUGACCAUCAUCCCCAUCUUCUUCGUGGCGGCGGGAUCUGUGCUGUCGAUGCCUGUCAUGGUCUCGGUCGCGGUCGCCAUCUCGACUGCGAUGUGUAUCGCGAUCGCGGUCUCGGUGUCUGUCAGAAGACCGAUCGCGGUGAUGGUGAUGGUGGCUGCGCUGCUUCUUCCUCUGUCGGCGCUCUUCUUUUUCGCGCUCGAUGCGCUCCUUCUCGCCCUUCUCUGCUGCCAGGGCCUUUUCAAAUUCGUCGAGGCCGUCCAUCAUUGCUGUGCCUAGAGGUGGGAAGCUUGCUAGUUGACGAUGGAGCUACCAGCUGCAGUGGCCUGUUUUUCUGCAGGUUCCCUGAACGAAUUGGCGACGCUGGAGGAACGUCACUUUCCCAGCACGGGCCAGCAAGAUUUUGGCAAUGACGGGGGGCGUCUGAUUACCUACUGCGUAUCCGUAGUCGUUGCAACUUACAGGGGGCGUCUCGUUCAUUCCGACGCCCCGCGCGGGGCACUCAGCUCUUGCAACUCUUCCAGAACUUUUUUUCUUAGCGACCGCCCGUAAGAGAGCACUUCUACUGGACAUCAAACACGCCUGGGAGAGCCACACGCAAAUUCCCACCACAUCAGAAUGGCUUCAACAUCCGCAGAAACCCCCGCCGAGAAUGCGGCCACUCAAACUCCGACCGCCAUCGUCGUCGUCGGCAUGGCCGGCUCCGGCAAGACGACCUUCAUGCGACGCAUCAACUCAUACCUGCACGGCAAGCAGGAUCCUCCCUACGUAAUCAACCUGGAUCCCGCCGUGCUCAACGUCCCUUUCGAAAGCAACAUUGACAUCCGCGACUCGGUCAACUAUGAGGAGGUCAUGAAGCAGUACAACCUGGGACCGAACGGUGGUAUCCUGACGUCCCUAAACCUCUUUGCAACCAAGGUUGAUCAAAUUGUCAACCUGCUCGACAAGCGCGCUGCGCCAGAUCCGACAAACCCCGACAAGAAGCCCAUCAAGAACAUUCUUGUCGAUACUCCCGGACAGAUUGAGGUUUUCGUUUGGUCCGCCAGUGGAACCAUUCUUCUCGAGUCUCUCGCGUCCUCCUUCCCGACCGUCAUCGCCUACGUUAUCGAUACCCCUCGAACCACCUCCACGAGCACAUUCAUGUCCAACAUGCUGUACGCCUGCAGUAUUCUCUACAAGACCAAGCUCCCCAUGAUCCUGGUAUUCAACAAGACCGACGUGCAAGACGCAACGUUUGCCAAGGAGUGGAUGACCGAUUUUGAGGCUUUCCAGCAAGCUCUUCAGCAAGACGAGAUGAGCGACGUCAUUGGCGGCUACGAAACGUCUGAGGGUGGUAGCGGCGGCUCUGGCUACAUGGGUAGUCUCCUCAACUCCAUGAGUCUUAUGCUCGAGGAGUUCUACUCCCACCUGAGCUUCGUUCCCGUCAGCUCCCGUCUGGGAACAGGCAUGGACGAGUUCUUCGCCGCGGUGGAGGAGAAGGCCGAGGAAUUCAAGCAGGACUACCUCCCCGAGCUGAAGCGCAGGCGCGAGGAGCGUGAAGAAAAGAAGCGCCUGGCCCGUGAUCACGAGGUUGAGAAGAUGAUGAAGGGUAUGUCGGUAGACGCGGGCAAGAAGCCAAUGGUUGUCAAGCCCGUCGACGACGAUGACGAUGGUGUUGAUGUCGCCAGCGACGUGGACGACGACGAUAUGCCGGAUGACGAGGACGAUCGCGAAGGUCUUCAGGCCCGGUACGAGGCGGCCAUGGAGGCUGAGGGCGACUCCAUCAUGGCUGAUGGCAGCUUUGCAAAGUACUUGCACACGCGACCGACAUGAGGUGCUACAGCAUACGUGCGGCGCAGGUCACAUUUAUUUGAUAUAGAAUGAACGAACAAUUGGGCAAGGGGAUGGCGUUUUAGACGGUUGCUGCAUUAUCAUGAGAUACCUCGAAAAGAAAAAAGGAGAAGGAACAGGUGCAGAAGAAUGCCUUGCUCUAUGAAUUGAUUUUGGUCCCCCCACCUUGAACUCCCGCAGCCCUUGCGCAUCACAUGCGUUGUGGCUUUGCUUUGAUAGUUGGCUGUUUGUCAUACGUGUCCCUCGUACGAGACUCUUUCCCUGCUGGAGAAUAUGCGGCUCUUUGGCAGACAGCCAAGACUCUCUUCCCAUGCAGUCUCGAGUCUACCACCUCGUGUGUCAUCCAAUUCCGACUCUCGAUUGCGCAGCGCCACAUCGCUGCUGCUAUCCCGCCC